CCCGAGGUAGCGGAUCGCUGGCUGCUUGGAGGACCCGACGUUUGGCUCGCAGCGGCAGCACCAGCGAAGCAUCUCUUCGCCGUGGUUUUGUGAACGUUCCUCCCGGCGUCCACGACCCUGCUGCGAAGCGAACGUCCCCGCUUUACGGCGAAGGGAUCGCUCGCGCCCUUGACGAGUGGAAACAGGUCUGCCUGCCCGCUGGUCGUUUCGCUGCGAGCGCUGCUGCUGCUGCCUCGUUCCGAACGUACCGCUCGCCGUGCUGCCGCCGGUGUUGGUCAUACCUCCACAGAGCGUCCCGCCCUGCCGCCGCCGCCAGACUUUGUUUGGAUAGAUGUCUGAAGACCGUCUCAACGCUGUGCUCACUCGGCUCGCGGGACUUCGAGUGGCUCGCGAUCACCUCGGCAGUGUGACGACCAUGUCAGUCCCGGAGUUGGCUGCGCUGGUGGACCGCCUGGAGCAGGUGGCCUUCCGGCUGGAGCGCUGUGAGGGUCAGGCCUUUGGAGGAGGCGGGGGCUCUCCAGCAGCGCGCCUUCUGCAGCGUGGCACCUCAGUGGAGCUGGUGUCGGCCUCGGUGCAGGGCUUUGAGGCGCUCCUUAAAGGGCCUGUGCAGGCCUACAUGGCCCUCAGCCGCACCAUUGGGGGAGAUGUCCAGACUCACGCAAGCAUGGUGGAGAAAGUUCUCCUGAUGCAGCGACAGUUCCUUGGUGUCGUGGCCAAGUCUCGACAGCCCGACAAGCAUGGCCUUAUGACACUUCUGCAGCCAACAUCCGAGCAGAUCCAGGCAAUUCAGGAUUUCAGGCAGAAGAACCGUACCAGCAAGCUCUUCAACCAUCUGUCAGCGAUCAGCGAAUCCAUUCCAGCCCUUGGAUGGGUGACAGUAGCGCCUGCCCCGGCUCCAUUCAUCAAGGAAAUGAGCGAUGCCUGCAUGUUCUACACCAACAGGGUUCUAGUGGACUACAAGGAAAAGGACAAGACUCACGUGGACUGGGCUCGCUCAUGGCUCACUGUGCUGACAGAACUCCAAGCCUUUGUGAAGGAGCAUCACCUGACUGGACUUGUGUGGAAUCCCAAGGGUGGCGAUGCCAUGGCAAUGGCAGGUACCGGUGGAGCGCCAGCUGCUGGUGCGGGAGGUCCCCCGCCUCCGCCGCCACCGCCACCGGCUGAUUUCAUGAACAACCAGAUUCCCGCUGAAGACCCCCGAGCUGCUCUCUUCAGGGACCUCAACAAGGGAGAGGACAUCAGCAGAGGGCUGAAGAAAGUGAGCAGCGAUCAGAUGACUCACAAGAACCCCGCGUUGCGGGCUCAGGCACCCGUGGCCCCUAAGUCUGCGCCGGCACAACCGCCUGCGCGAUUUGGCUCCAAGCCUUCCCAGGAGAUCGCCAAGCCUCCCAAGCUGGAGCUGGAAGGAAAGAAGUGGUGUGUGGAGUACCAAGUGAACAACCAGAACAUUGUGUUGGACCAGACCCUGAUGAACCAGUCGGUGUGCAUAUACAAGUGUGUGAACUCUGUCAUCCAGGUCAAGGGCAAGGUCAACUCCAUUGUCAUUGACUCGUGCAAGAAGACUGCUGUGGUGUUUGAGGACAUUGUGUCGGUGGUGGAGUUCAUCAACUGCCAGAGUGUCAAGGCGCAGUCGAUGGGCCGGGUGCCCACCAUUGCGGUGGACAAGACGGACGGCGCGCACAUCUACCUGUCGGACAAGUCUCUGGAUGUUGAGGUGGUGACCUCCAAGUCAUCGGAAGUGAAUGUGUCUGUGCCCACGCCCAGUGGAGACUACAUGGAGAUACCAGUUCCAGAGCAGUACAAGUCCAUCUGGAACGGAAAGACCUUGACGACAAGCGUCAUCGAGAAGGCGUAAGACUGCUCCAGAGGAGGCGUCACACGUCUUCCAACACCUCGUCUUCUCUGUGGCAGAUCAGGAGCAAGCACCCCCUAAUCAGUGCUGACGACGAAAACAAGAGUUCCAAAAACUUUUCUUCCUUUUCUGCCACGGUACAUGACAGUGUCUGCUGUCUGGGCCAGACGGCACGCAGCAUUACGAGCAAAGUUGCAGCGGCCCAAGUUUUUUUUCCCCCCCUAUUUAUGCGCGCGCAAAGCUGACCUCGUCAACUGACGGCCAGGUUGAUCAGACUUCUGUCCUCCUCCGACAUUUUGCACUUUUACACUCACCUCUCUCCUCUACUUUUUUUUUAACUAGUCAGAAAUGGGGAAAUGAUUAAAAAAAAAAACAUUCUAAUUGUAAUGUGUGGAGCGAUGUGAUUCUGAAACGCUUUUUUUUUUCUUGUGGAACGUGCCUGUGGAGCUUGUCUGAGGAUUGCAACCGAUUGCUCAAUAAAGACGUCUGGGGCGGGCA